AAUGACUGUGGUAAAUCAUUCACAUGUUCCAAUUAUCUUUGCAGGCAUGAAAGCAGUCAUACCGGAGAGAAACCCUUUAAGUGCACUCUAUGUGGUAAAGCCUUUCCCUAUACCACUGUUCUCAUAUGGCAUAAAAGAACACACACAGGAGAGAAGCCUUACAAAUGUAAUCAGUGUGGUAAAACCUUUGCAAAAAACAGUCAUGUUGUGCGGCAUAAAAGAACACACACUGGAGAGAAACCUUAUGAGUGUAACCAGUGUGGUAAAGCCUUUGCACAAAACAGUCAUCUCAUAAUCCAUAAAAGAACACACACUGGAGAGAAACCUUAUGAAUGUAAUGAGUGUGGCAAAGCCUUUGCAGAAAACAGUCAUCUCUUAAGCCACAAAAGAACACACACUGGAGAGAAACCUUAUGAAUGUAAGCAGUGUGGUACUGACUGCUUAGAGCCCAAUUAG